UGUCUGGACCGCUUGAGAGUCUGCGCGCACCCCGAGACGCUCCAGCCAAUGAUCAAUACUCUGGUGAUUGCUCUCCAAAACUUUCACACAUCAUCGUAGUACAUCACCAUGGUCUCCCCGAGUCACGUCUGUUACCGCAAACACAAGAUCAUCAAUGACUUGGACGCUGAGGAGGAGAUCGAGGACAUUUCGGAAUCGGUGGAGGAGCUCCGGGAGAAGCUCGCUCACGUUAAGAAGAUGAUGCAGGAGCAGAGUGGCCACACUCUGGGGGACAUUGCCGCCCAGAAAGAACGACGCAGAACCGAUUUCAUCGAUGGAAACUUCCUCUCCCUCAUCUUCGGUGUUGUGUUGGUUGUUGUUGUUGGUUCCAGUGUUUACGCAUUCUACAAUCUGUACGUCGCGGUUCUCCGAAAGUUUCCAUCACGUCACACAGAAUUAUAAACAAUCCUUUCAACAAUUAUUAAUUAAUUCAGCAGCGGAGUAGGCAACUGAAUCCAGGUUUGAUGUGUUCCCUGUUUUUUACGAUUAUCUCAAAAUCUGAGGGAGAUUCUAUUACGGUCGUGUUAAUUAACUAGUGAUCAACGAGUUUAGCUUACAACUAAGCUCUGUACAUAUUGUAAAUGAUAUUAUCCGACAAUUAAACGCCAAGUGAUUUUAUUAUUCAGUGUUUAACUAUUGUUUCCAUCGACAGGCAACGUUCCCCAACUAAACAGGUUACGAUAAAAAAUUGUCUAGCUCACGUCCAUUCCGAGAUAUUCGUCAAAAAUCAAUGGACAUAAAUCGACUGGUCUUGCCUCUUCGCUGAGGUUAUUUAUAUCAUGUAUUUAUAGAAUAAUAAUAAUUAAAUAAUAAAAUCUUUAUGUCUCGUUGGAGCCGGGAUUGUGUCGAGUGUGGUUGGUUUUUUGUGGAAUUUGAACUGUUCACCAUAACUAUUGAAAUUAUUGACUUUUUAAUUAGUCUUAAGAAUGAUAUCAACCUCAGGAUUUUUAAAAAUUAAUUGAAUUGGUAUGUGGAUCAGGUCUCAACGAUUUAUAACGAUAAUUAUAAAAUGCAUCGUCUAGGAUUGUUGUAAAUAAAUUUAAUAAAGAAUACUCGCAUGUUUUUUGUAAUCCAUCAUAUUUUUUUCUGCCAUUUUCAAUGAUAAAUACAAUAAAAUUGACGUUUCC